CAUAUGUAUUCGGUUCGUUUUUUUUUCGGCUGAGGCUCAUGGAAGAGGAAAAGAAAGAAAUCGACUUUGAAAUUGGAAUGAAGCAAAACCAAGAGCUAAAGCUUGAAGAAGAACCACAGCAGCAACAAAAACAAGUAGGAGACGAACAUGUUUUGCGAUUUCUGGAUUCUGUAGACAACUAUUUGACUCUUUUCGAAUCUUUAUCCUGUACACUUCGCCAGGGAUGGCUGGAAUUGGUUAGUGCUCGACAUUCCAUGGGGGCUUCACGCGUCAAUAGCUCGUUAUUGGACCUUAAAGUCCACUCUGCUUCUACCUCACUGCAAGUAACGCCAGAUAUUGUUGAUUCCAUGGAAGAGCAACCACACUUUAUCUUGCGUAAAUGGGGAUCCUUGUAUGAUGGUAAAUGCAGUUAUGAGGAUCAAAAUUCCAAAGUGGAUGGAUUGCAAGGGAAAUCUGGCAGUCCACUGCCACGACAUCGGGGAAAACCCCAGCUUUCUGAGGAAAUCUCUCCAAAGCAAGCUCCUCUGAUGGUUGAUGACCAAGUUCAAAAGAAGCGAUCAAGAUCACUAUCUGUGUUUGGUACUUUGGUUUCCCCGCAGCUUCGAGCUGCCCAACUAUCAUUUGAGACAGCUCUGGAGACACUCGUAGAAAUAGCAAACAUGCGCUCCACAAUGCUUUCUACUUUCAAUGGAGUCCACAAGGAAUUAGGAGUCGCCAAAGAGAUCAGAUAGAGUCUGUUCAUUCAGGCAUAUUUAACUCAAUCUUCUAAUAAGUUACUGGUCUCACGGUUUGUUCUGAAAUGUUUAAUGAUGCUCUCACAGUUUGCUGUCUUGUCCAAAGUUACUGUAAUCAAGUGGUGGAUUAUGGUAUCUGUAUGUUAUUCUAAACAGAGCAGAAGUCCUUCGGCAUCAUGUAGCUUCUCUUUGUUGGAAUACGAUACAGUUUCAUGGAAGUUUAGUUUUUGUCA